AUGGAAGCGCUAUCCCCUCGGUCGACGAACCAAAUGAUCAAGCCCAAAACCUCUAUGGAGAGAAAGGUUUUGGACAAGAAUGCCGCUGCUGCGAACGCCGCCCAAAAGGCUUCAUCUACGAAGAACCAUGCGCCCCCACCUCCAGCGCUUGUUUUGGAACCUGGGGACGAUGGCGAGCGGUACUCGACCGGCGCAUUUCUCGGCAAGGGAGGUUUCGCGAUCUGCUAUGAAGGAACUCUGUUACGGAACGGCCGCGUGUUUGCGAUGAAAGUCGUGAGGUCUGAAAUGACACAAAAGAAAAUGGCAGAAAAGUUCCGGACGGAGCUUCAGAUACACUCGAAGAUGCGCCAUCCCCACAUUGUCGGCUUUCACAGGGCUUUCGCUUUUGACCAGUGCAUAUAUGUAAUUCUGGAGCUGUGCCCUAACGGCUCAGUGAUGGACAUGGUGCGGAAAAGGAAAUGCUUGAGUUUGCCAGAAGUCAGACGAUUCAUGAUCCAGCUUUGCGGAGCGGUGAAAUAUCUGCACAAGCGAAACGUUGCGCAUCGUGACCUGAAAAUGGGAAACCUGUUCCUGGACCGAAAUAUGGAUAUCAAGGUUGGGGACUUUGGAUUGGCCGCGAUGAUCAUCUCUGAAAAGGACGAGAAAAGGAGAAAGACCUUGUGCGGAACACCGAACUAUAUUGCUCCAGAAGUCUUGGACCGAAGCAAAGGAGGCCACACGCAGAAAGUCGACAUCUGGUCCUUGGGUGUAAUCUGGUAG